CCACCUUCGACGGCCACCUCGAGCACGCACGAUUCCCUCGCCCUUGCCCUCCGCGGGCUCUCCUACGCCUUUGCCGGCGACACAAUGCCCGGCGAGCUGCUCCGCACCGUGACGGCGAGCCUCUCGCGGCCGCCCAAGCGCAAGAUGGAGCGCUCCAGCGACCUCUUUCUCAUCAACGACCAGGAUGUCGCGUACGAGCAGGACAUCCAGCGCAAUCCCGGCAGCGUCAAGCCGUGGCUGGACUACUACGGCUUCAAGAAGUCGCGCGGCAGCCUGCUGGAGCAGGCGUUUGUGCUCGAGCGCGCGUGCACCACGCUGCCGCGCUCCUACAAGCUCUGGAAGCUCUACCUCGAGCUGCGCACCAAGCACCUCGAGAAGAAGAACCCCGCCAAGUACGCGCCGCACUACGUCAAGGUCAAUGCCCUGUUCGAGCGCGCCCUCGUGCUGCUCAACAAGAUGCCGCGCAUCUGGGAGAUGUACCUCAACUUCCUCAUGCAGCAGCCCCUCGUCACCACCACCCGCCGCACCUUCGACCGCGCCCUGCGCGCACUCCCCCUGACGCAGCACAACCGCAUCUGGGCGCUCUACAGGCCCUUCGCCACCUCUGCGUCCGGGGAAACGGCCGUCAAGAUAUGGCGGCGCUACAUGCAGAUACACCCGGAAGAUGCGGAAGAUUUCAUCGAGCUGCUCAAGGACAUGCGCAAGUACACAGAGGCCGUCAAAAAGUACAUGGAGAUUCUUAACAACCCCAAGUUCAAGAGCAAGGAGGCAAAGGGACCCUUCCAGUUCUGGACUGAGAUGAUUGAUCUACUCAUCGACCACGCCAAGGAUAUCGAAACCGGCGACGACAGCGGCAUUGAUGUCGAGAAGAUUAUCAGGAGUGGCAUCUCCAAAUUCCCUGAUCAGCGUGGUAUCUUGUGGGUCGGACUCGCGCGCUAUUGGAUGAACAAGAACGAGUACGAAAAAGCUCGCGAUGUCUUCGAGGAGGGCAUCACCACCGUCAUGACGGUCCGCGACUUCUCCGUGGUCUUCGACACAUACAUAGAGGCCGAGGAGACCUUGAUUGGAAUUAAGCUGCAAGAGGCUGCUGCUCGGUCCGAUAAGGAGAAAGUGGAUCAAGACGCCGACGCCGAUCUAGACAUCCGGAUGGUCCGCUUCGAGUCGCUAAUGCAGCGGCGACCAUUCCUAUUGAACGAUGUUAUGCUAAGACAAAACCCGCAUAAUGUCAUUGAAUGGGAGAAGCGCGUCGCGUUGUGGGGCGACAACAGCAAAGAGGUGGUGCAGACGUACACCGACGCCAUAGCCGCCAUAAAUCCCAAAAAGGCAGUCGGCAAGUUCCAUGAGCUGUGGACUGCAUACGCAAAAUUUUACGAAGCCGGCGGGGAUAUUCAAAAUGCCCGUGUUAUCAUGGAGAAAGCGGUAAAGGUGCCCUUCAAGUCGGUCGCCGAACUAGCCGAGAUGUGGUGCGAGUGGGUUGAGAUGGAGUUGCGCCACGAGAACUUUGACCGAGCUGUCGAGAUUAUCGCCAAGGCAACACAAGCCCCGAAGAGGUCUACCGUGGACUACUUCGACGAGUCGCUGACCCCGCAGCAAAGGGUACACAAGAGCUGGAAGUUGUGGAGUGUCUAUCUUGAUCUUGUGGAGAGUGUGAGCACACUGGAAGAAACCAAGAAGGUGUACGAGAGGGUAUUCGAGCUUCGCAUCGCCACGCCGCAGACCGUUGUCAAUUACGCCAACCUUCUUGAAGAAAACAGCUAUUUUGAAGAUUCCUUCAAGGUCUACGAACGGGGAUUAGAUCUGUUCAGCUACCCUGUCGCAUUCGAGAUAUGGAACCUGUAUCUGACCAAAGCGGUCGAUCGAAAGAUCGGCAUGGAGCGAUUGAGAGAUUUGUUUGAGCAGGCUGUGGAAGGGUGUCCGCCCAAGUUCGCAAAGGUGCUGUACCUUAUGUACGGUGCUCUCGAAGAAGACCGCGGCUUAGCACGACACGCCAUGCGCAUCUACCAGCGUGCUACCGAGGCAGUCGCUGACGAAGACCGGAUGGAGAUGUUUAACUUCUACAUCACCAAGUCGGCCUCCAAUUUCGGACUCACAUCCACACGCCCAAUCUACGAACGCGCCAUAUCAGCGCUGCCUGACGGCGAGGCCAAGGAGAUGUGUCUCAAGUUCGCCGAGAUGGAAAGACGCUUGGGUGAAAUCGACAGAGCCAGAGCUAUCUAUGGCCACGCGAGCCAGUUCUGCGAUCCGAGGACCAGUCCAGAGUUCUGGAAGAAGUGGGAAUCGUUCGAAGUUCAACACGGAAACGAGGACACUUACAAGGAAAUGCUUCGGAUCAAGCGGAGUGUUCAAGCUCAGUACAACACCGAUGUCAGUUUCAUCGCCUCCCAGGCAGUCGCGCGAGGCCAGCAAAAUGGAAACGGUGAGCACGUCAACGGCGAUGCAGCAGAGGGCGAAGACGCUAUGGCCGCCUUCGAACGUCAAGCAAAAGCUCCUUCCGGCUUCGUCGCUGCCAGCACAGGACCUCAGGGCGGCAACAUCAAAUCCGACGCCGCAGCUCCUGCCGCCAACCCAGACGCUAUCGACCUCGACGAUGAUCUAUGACGACUUUACGAUCCUGCAUAGACAGGCAAGAAGGCCCCUCUCUUUGUGCAUUUUACGGCGUUCUCGGUAUUACUUGCUCUUCACUUACUCUUCAGCUUUUGCUUGCUUGUGUAAAUGUUUCUUUUCUGCCCCUGAUGGGGAUUGAUUUCAAUGUGCCAAGCACAUAUCUCGGGGUGGAUACCUAGUUGCAUACCCGGCGUUGAUACCUGCGGACAGUUCAAAAUGAAGGAUAACAGUGGGCUGGACGAAGCUGGCACGAGGGAUUUCUUUUGUCAGGUUGAGGAAAAAGACAGAUCAACUGUACGGGACUUGAUUGGGUUGUGCGACAGCGCGAGGCUCACACUUUGCUGCUGCGCACAGGACAUGAUGAGCAACCCGGACGCGCAAUUUUCUUCUAUCUGGAUGUCAUAUAUUGAAAGUUUGCCCCUCAAAUUACUCAGAAGACUAUCUCCUC